AUGCCAAAUCAUUUAUUAGAUUCAGCUCCUCCAAAAUAUCCUUCAGUGACGCCAAAGCAUCUUUUAGAUUCUGCUCCACCAAAGUAUCCUUCAGUGACGCCAAAGCAUCUAUUAGAUUCAGCUCCACCAAAGUGUCCUUCAGUGAUGCCAAAGCAUCUAUUAGAGCCAGCUUUACCAAAGUGUCAUUUAGUGACGUCAAAACAUCUAUUAGAUACAGCUCCACCAAAGUAUACUUCAGUAACACCACAACAUCUAUUAGAGCCAGCUCCACCAAAGCAUUCUUCAGUGACGCCAAAGCAUCUAUUAGAGCCAGCUUUACCAAAGUGUCCUUCAGUGACGUCAAAACAUUUGUCAGAUUCAGCUCCACCAAAGUAUUUUUCAGUGACGCUAAAGCAUCUAUUAGAACCAGCUCCACCAAAGUAUCAUUCAGUGAAGUCAGGGUAUAUAUUAGAUACAGCUCCACCAAAAUAUCUAUGA